CCGUUCUUUUGCGUCCUUAGAUACCACAGCAAGACAACAUCCUGCUUCCUAAAUAAGAACAUCACUACGCUUUUCAGCUGUCAGAGCUUUCAGGGCAAGUAAUGGAUAUAACGAGAGGGAGUUUAGACGACAUCUCCCGCCCGGCUUCAAGUGAGCGUUCUCGCGCUGGUAGCCGUGUAUCAACCGUCCUACUGCCUGACACCGGAAGAGUUUGUCAACCCAGCUCAACAUCCCUGGAGGUCCUGAGUGAUGAUGGCUCCAACAGUAAGCAGGAUAAUAACAACUCUUAUGAAAACCUCAUGUCACCAGAUGAAAGUCCUCUGUCUAAGACAGAUUUAUCUGAUGAGGAGAAUGAAGAUUCAGACCUCCAGAAUGCCAUCAAGAAAAUGGAAGUACUUGACAAAAUCCUGGCGUCAAGGAUCGCGUAUGAAAAAGAAGUCAAAAGGAAAGGGAAGGAGCUCCAUCAAACUCUAUGGCAGGAUCUACUGCAGAUAAAGCCCAACAGCCCUUCAGGAUGUACAGAUGAAGCGGAAAACACGAGGAGGUUUUUGGAGCCGUUUACUUCCAGUACUCAUGGAUCUAUUGAAGACGUUGACUUUGUUCCUGUGUUUGGGACUCAAAUGCCCGACAAAGAGUAUGAGAGACACAGCAUGCAAGUGGAAGGGGGUGAAAAGGAUGUCAAGAACACGGCAACAGACUCCAGUGCAGAGGGUCCCAAGGAAAGGGAAGGCUCGUCAGAAUGCAGCCAGAGUGGACUUCCCAGGGACAAAAAGAAACAGGACUUUUUGAAAAAAAACAUUGAGUUGGUGAGUGGUGCAGGAGACUCGGUGCAGAUGACACAGCAAGAGAAGGAUCGUCUGAAGGAGCUCCUCAAAGACAUAGAAGAUGAGGAAGACAAUGCUGGGAAGUCAGUCUGUGAGAGAGACAUUUGGGCUGUUCCAGUACCACUGGGUGAGGGCUACUCCCCAGAACUCGUAGAACGUCACCAGCUAAUUACCAUUGACUCCAGGCUGCAGCUCCUUCUUCCCUUUGAAGACUUCCUGUCUGUGCGAAGCCCCUACACAGACCACUGCAAGCCCCUGGCCCAGGUUCUGGAAGCUGGCUGGGAUAGUGACAGGGACAGGCUGCCAGGAGAGGAGGUCCUGAAGGAUAUAAGGGAAAAGAGAGCGCAGGAGAGGCGCCUCAAAGAGAUCCAACUGCAGCUGGAGCUGCUGGGCCGGGACCAAGAGAUGACUUGUGACACACCCAAACUAUUAGAGGAGCAGCUGAGGACUCUGCUGGUGGAGUGUGAGAUAUCCCAGAGCUGGUGCCACGGCCUGGGGACUGGGGACACAUCACCCAGGGAUAACUUGGAUACAGGAAGCCUGCCAUCCAGCACUCCCCCUCUCUCUGACUCUGUCCUGUCAGAACUGCUUAAAGAUGCAUACACCACCAGUUUUAGUUUGCUGGACAAAGGGACCACUAUGUAUUCAUCUUAGUGUUUACAUACAUGUUUGCUGUGACUAAUAUACAAUUUUCUAUGGUUUUGAUUGUAUAGCAAUGUAGUUAAUAACCAAACCCUUCUACAUCAACAGACAGACGGUGACUGUAUGGAUAACUGAGUCUUGUAAAACUGUCGAAUGUAUGAUCAAACAAAUCUAGAUAAAUAACCUAGACAGGUUUCUGUAGGCUUUAUACAAUGUCAUUGUUCAAAGUAUUUUAUGUGAUGAAAAAUUGAAGUGUUUUAAACACUACAGUAACAGCUUUUUGCUUUUCAGUAGCUUUUUUGUUGUUGUUGUUGCAGCUUUACAAUGGAGGAUCCCUUAGGUCUGUAUACUCCACUUAAGUGUUUCCAUUCAUUUUCACUUUCCAAAUGAGCAGUGGUAACAGUAGGAGAGCGCAUUGUAUUAACCCUGUUAAUUUUGAUGCGAGCAGACUGUUUAUGGUCUCAUUAAAUUUAACAACAUGUUUAUUCGACUGCUAUAUAUAGUAAAUACAUUUAGCUGUGAGCUGUGGUAUUGUGGGCCUGAUGGGCAGACCCUGUUGGAUACCUGUUGUACUAAUGAGUGGACAGACAGACAAGACAUUGUUGCUGCAGGGGAAAAUGGAACCCAUUACAUCUGUCACUCCUAACGGGGACGCCAUUCCAUACAUUCCUGUCUCGAUAGGUAGGUCCUCAGUGGAAUAACUAGGCCAGAGGGUGAUUGUCUCAUCCACUAGACAGUUCCACUCCUUUUCAGUAGAACUCUACCCAGUUCAAGAUUAUAAAAGGACGGGUUCGGCUUAGAAAGUAAUAGUUUUUUGGGUAAAUGAGAUGUUUCUCACUGGUAUAUAUUUAUGUGGAUUGUUCUUUACCGGAGUGCCCCAUAAGCAAAGGUUAUUGUUUCCCCUCAACUAAACUGAUUAUACUAGUUAAAAUUAAUUGGAUUUACAUGGAGCCUUUUUACCAACUGAUUUUCUCAAACUUCUUUACAUAGGAAACGUAUCUCAUCCACCACUAAUGUGUUGCGCCCAUCUGGUUGAUGAAGGGCAACUUAUUUCUUGCAGAACUCUUAUCACACAUCAGCUAUGAGGUGGGGAGUUGAGGAGUUCUAUAUGAAUUAGAAAACACUGGUUGACACAUCAGCUAUGAGGUUGGGAGGUGAGGAGUUCUAUAUGAAUUAGAAAACACUGGUUGACACAUCAGCUAUGAGGUUGGGAGGUGAGGAGUUCUAUAUGAAUUAGAAAACACUGGUUGACACAUCAGCUAUGAGGUUGGGAGGUGAGGAGUUCUAUAUGAAUUAGAAAACACUGGUUGACACAGUUGUCACUUACUCAGAUCACUAAAUCUAUGCCGCAGGAAUUACUGUAUUUCACAUUCUAGUCAAUAUAAAACACCUUAAGCAAGUGAUGUUUCAAAGUCAUCCUGAAUUGAUGCCAUCAGUGAAGCCUGCUGUACCUCCUAAAACCUGCCCCAUGAUGUCACUAACAGCAGUUUAACCCAAAUUCACUUAAUCAGUUUACCUACUGAAUAUAAGGGGUCACAGCAAUUAAUGACAUAAUAAUAUGGUUCAAACAGAGUAAUUUAAGAAGCCAAUGAUGUUCUCUGCGUAUGGUACGCUAACAAUCCUUCCAUAAGAAUAUGUUGAAUACUGAGGUAAAGAUCCCUAGCUGACUACCCAUCUAGAUUUGGAAUGCACAUUUAAGUGUUACCUUAGACCAGGGGUAUUCAUCUCUUUCCCUAUGAGGGUAUUCUGGUUUUUAUUGUUCUACCUCAUCAUUUAUUGCCCCCACAUGGUGUCCUAGGUCUAAAUAAGCCCCUAAAUAGGGAUUUGCAGUGGAGUGGAACUGACUUUGAGGGACACAGUUGAAUACCCCUGCCUUAGACUAUUAGAGGUGGCCCCUGAAAAAGAAAUAGCACCAUAAUUCCAUGUGCAGAAAAUAUACAAGCUUGGUGUUUCUUACCAUUUCUACAGAAACCCAAAAGCAAAUGCUGUGAUUCUAAGCUGUUUAAGGCCUCAUUCAGAGGGCAGUUUCAAGAAAACUAGAAAACUUGCUAUCUGGAUUGAAUUGUGUAUUUGUAAUAGCCUUGAGUUUUUCUCGGUUGCAUUGUGUAUUUGUAAUAACCUUGAGUUUUUCUGGGUUGCAUUGUGUAUUUGUAAUAGCCUUGAGUUUUUCUGGGUUGCAUUGUGUAUUUGUAAUAGCCUUGGGUUUUUUUCCAUAACCCAAUCAAUUAGAAAGCUUUGGUACUGAAUUCUUUAUGUUUCUUAGACAUGGGAUCAUGAUUUAAAGAUGGAAGGGAGAUUGUUGUCUAAAAGUCCUAUUAAAAUGUGGAUAAUGUUCUAAAACUGGGCCUAUGUUCAUCUUAAAUAAUCAUGUUGACUCAAUUCUGCAAGUAACUUAAUGUAGCAGGCAUCUGAAAAGGGAUACCCCACAUACCGUUCUUGACGAGGAGAAUUAAAAAUAAAUUGAGGGAGGUUCUAUUCUGUCUUCAAGCCACCCAGUAAAUGUGGAGGCCAAGUUAAAACUGAGUUUGGCGUUUUUAACGUCCAAAAGUGGUAGCUGAGUCACAGGCUCUCUCUUUCCAUUGCCCCUGAAAAAAACCUAUAGGUUCCAUCCAAGUUUAUGGAAAGUACACUCUUUCCCUGUAAUAGAGCACAUAUGUUUUAGGAUUCGGAAAAAACAUUCACUUUCCCCUUACACAUGUCUACAACAUUGUUGUAUUUCCAUUCGUUGAAUUGUUAAGCAAAUAUUUGUGGUAAACUAUUAAACUAUUAAUUUCUAUUCCUUUGAAAUAAUGGUUCGCCAGAUUGUUUUAACCUAUAUCGUGUUUGUAAACUAAAUAUGUAUGGAGAAAAAGUAUGUGAACCCUAUAGAUAUUAAAGCAGAGAAAUCAUGCUUAAGCAUGAAAAGAACACUCAAACAGCCAUUGUAUAUUUUUUCCUGAUGGAUUUAUUGCUGGGUUGACAUUACAAAGUAACUGGUAGUAACUGGAGUAUAAACUGACUUUGUGGUACUGGUUAUGUUUAUAGACAAGCAUCGCUAAUAG